AUGUCGUUUCAGGCCCUCGAGGCGGUCGAGAAGCGUCUCGCGUCCUACGACGGCUACAGCAGGAUCAACUUCAAAGACGCGCGCGAGUUCCUCCUCCUUUGUCGCGAGCUCCAGGCUCGGCGCUCGCAGGACGUCCACAAGUAUGGCAGGAUAGUGCUCGACGCGUUCAGCUCCAAGUUCGCGGAGGAGGAGCGCCUCCUGGUGCAGGAGCAGGUGCUCGUGGCGGCGUGCGAUGUUGGCGCCGCCGCAGACGCGCGACGCGAACUCGCCAAGCUCCAGAAGCGGUGGCCAGGAUCUCUCCGCGUACGCAAGCUCGAGGGCAUGGUCCUCGAGGCCGAGGGCAAGGCUGAGGCGGCCGCGGAGCUGUACAAGGAGAUGUUCGAGGAGGACGCCUCGCAGACGGGCGCGGCGAAGCGGCAAGUAGCGCUGCUGCGCGGACAGGGCAAGACCGCGCAGGCGAUCGCGGCGAUGUGCGCGUACCUCGACACGUUCCAGGGAGACGCCGAGGCGUGGGGCGUCCUGGGCGCGAUGUACGCCGAGCAGGGCGCGCUGGACGAGUCGAUAUUCGCCCUGGAGGAGUGUCUGAUGCACUCCCCCGCCUCGGUGCCGCGGCUGCUGGCGGUCGCGGAGGCGCGGUACACGCGGGCGCUCGCGGGCAGGGCGACGAAGGACGAGGACGUGGAGUACGCGCGGAGGUAUUUUGCGCAGGUGGUGGAGCUGACGAGGGGGCAGCACGUGCGCGCGCUGUACGGGCUCUGUGCGGCGCUGGCGAAGGCGGGGAGCAAGGGGGAGAGCGAGGCGGGGUCGCUGGCGGCGCAGGCGUUGGUGGAACGAUACCUCAGCGACAGUCCUGACCUGGUGGAUGCGGUCAAGGGAACCAUGCGGAAAAUGGGCCUGGCACGGUAG